GGCUCUUGUGGCGCCGCCUACUCCUUCAGAAGAACAUCAAGCCGUCAUUUCCGUUCUUGCGGCGCCAGAGACGGCCCAGUUUGCCAACAAAGCGCUGCUGAUUCACGACUUCUAUGUCAGCCAAACCGAAAUCCUUGCCAUCCUACAGGAAGAGUUGGCCAAGCGUCAAGAUGGGGAGCACAACAUGCAGAAUGUCAUGGCAAUGCUCCGCUUUGAUCUCUUUGGAGCAGAGAGCUCUGCAGCUUGGGGGUCGGAGGAUGAUAAUGGUGCUUUGGGGAUCCGGGAGAAGGGAGUUGAGGAGUUGAGAGAG